UCCGUCCGUCCGUCCGGGCGUGCGUGGUCCCGCCGGCUCCAGCCCCCAGCCUUCCCUCCCGGAGCGCGCCUGCUGCCUGCUGCCGCCGCGGCACAGGGGAAGCCGGGGAGCGACGCGGGGAACCGCCAGGAUGAAGCUGGUGAGGAAGGACCUGGAGAAGGAUAAUGCAGGGCAGGUGACGCUGAUCCCCGAGGAGCCUGAGGACAUGUGGCACACCUACAACCUGCUGCAGGUGGGUGACAGCCUGCGCGCCUCCACCAUCCGCAAGGUUCAGACCGAGUCGUCCACGGGCAGCGUGGGCAGCAACCGCAUCCGCACCACCCUCACCCUAUGCGUGGAGACCAUCGACUUCGACUCGCAGGCCUGCCAACUGCGCGUCAAGGGCACGAACAUCCAGGAGAACGAGUAUGUGAAGAUGGGCGCCUACCACACCAUCGAGCUGGAGCCCAACCGGCAGUUCACCCUGGCGAAGAAACAGUGGGACAGCGUGGUGCUGGAGCGCAUCGAGCAGGCCUGUGACCCGGCCUGGAGCGCCGAUGUGGCGGCCGUGGUCAUGCAGGAAGGGUUGGCUCACGUCUGUCUGGUCACCCCGAGCAUGACGCUUACUCGUGCCAAGGUGGAGGUGAACAUUCCCCGCAAGCGGAAAGGGAACUGCAGUCAGCACGACCGGGCGCUGGAGAGGUUUUACGAGCAGGUGGUGCAAGCCAUCCAGAGGCAUAUCAACUUUGAGGUGGUGAAGUGUGUACUGGUGGCUAGCCCAGGCUUCGUGCGGGAGCAGUUUUGUGACUACAUGUUCCAGCAGGCAGUCAAGACGGACAACAAACUUCUGCUGGAGAACAGGUCCAAAUUCCUACAGGUUCACUCUUCCUCAGGACAUAAAUACGCACUGAAGGAAGCACUCUGCGACCCAGCUGUAACUAGCCGUCUUUCUGAUACUAAGGCAGCUGGUGAAGUCAAAGCCUUAGAUGACUUCUAUAAAAUGCUGCAGCACGAGCCUGACCGGGCUUUUUAUGGCCUGAAACAUGUGGAGAAGGCCAAUGAAGCCAUGGCCAUUGAUACCCUACUGAUCAGUGAUGAGCUUUUUCGGCACCAGGACGUGGCUACACGUGCCCGAUACGUGAAGUUGGUAGAUAGCGUACGGGAGAACAUGGGCACAGUACGCAUUUUCUCCAGCCUCCAUGUGUCUGGAGAGCAGCUGGGCCAGCUGACAGGGGUGGCAGCUAUCCUGCGCUUUCCUGUUGCUGAGCUCUCUGACCAGGAAGAUGAAUCUAGCUCUGAAGAGGACUAAUAACAGUGACUUCAUUCUACAGUUUCUUUUCUAUGUCCUGUUGAAAUGAUUUUAAAGGUCCUUCCAAUCUAAAUACUUGUGAGCAGAUGUACCGUGACAUAUAAUCAAAAAGUUAUACAUACAUAUAUAUAUAGUUUUACUUGGCACACUACUUGUUAUCUGAUCUAUGGUAAUAAUUAUUGGUAGCUGUGUUGAGCUGACUGUUUUUUCAGUUCUGGACCACCAAGAAACUGUACAAGAAGUACAAUUAGUACAAGAAACUAAUUUGCCUCCCCAGUGCUGCUUAGUCUGCAUGUUAAGGCAGACUGAUAAGUUAGUGAAAUGUGUAGGAAAAAAUAAUUGCAGGGAAAAAUUCACAUUAGACCAUUUCUGGUCAAAUGCUUGAAAAGAGUAUUACAAAACAAAUGUAAACUUCUUGGAAGACCCGUCAAAACUGUGCUUGAUAUUCAUAGGAACUCCCUGGUUUUUGUAAGGUGUGUCAAAGGAAUGGGGUCAAUACCAUCCCUUAGGGCUUUGUGUGGUGGUGUAAGUCUAACCACUUAAAUAUUUCUGUGAAACACUUGAAGCAGUCUUUCAGCAGCCAGACUCUUUAAGUUAACCAUUUUUUUGCUAACACAAUAGUAGAUGCAGGAGAAAUGUUGAAUCUCAGUGCACCCAUUUAGUUAUCUUUUUAAAUGGUGUUAUAGCUUGGGAGAUUGUCCUGAAGACUAACAAGGUGUCAUUGAAUGUAUUCUGCUAAAUUGGCAUUAUUUAGCACCCAUUUCUGAGAAGGCAUGGGAGAAAACUUAGAAAAUCAGGACUCUAGUGUCCACAAGGAAUCUUUAGAUAGCAAAUAGUUUACGUAACUUCAUAAUCUGGUAUUCUAUUUGCAUAUCUUUUUAAAAACAUACAUAAACUGUAAUACAGAAGUAAUGAUAAAAUUAGGAAUCAAACUUCAGCUUAAGAUAGUGGGGACUGUAAAAGUGAAAAUCACCUUUUCAAUUAUUUGAUCAGCUCAAAGUACUGAGAGACAGGUGUUUUGUUUCUUUACUGGGCAGUAAAUCGUACAUUGAAGAAGCAAGAAUUGCUUUCAGAUUCAGACAUAACCCAUGGUUGUAGUGUUUCAAACCAAGGUUUGAUGGUGUGGCUUGUGUGUGUAAAUAGGCAUUCCUUUUUUAAAUGUGAUUAGAGGCAAGAACAGGAACCACAGAACUGUAAUAUGGAAAGCAUCAUAAGAGAGGAGCAUUAAAAAAUAAAAUCACCAAAACUCCUAGUCUGGGUAGAAUAUUUUCAGGAAAAUAAUUUUUCAGGGUUGUCCCCUAUGUUAAUGGGUGCCAAUCCUCUGAAUUUAAUGCUGUUUAUUGGUAGCUGGAACAUCAGUCUAAACUUAUUGAUAGAGAGGUACUUUUGACUUUAAGCCAUCUCCCCUUUUCUACAUCAUCCACACAGUCUAAGAAAUUCUUGAACAGAACAUAUAUUAGCGCUGUAAUACUUAAAUACUACUUUUGCUGAAGACGGGCAAGCCUAUUGAGAUACUUGUUUACAGUCAGCUUGGACACAUAAAUUAUUUGCGCUUUACAUUUUUGUCUUGAAUGGUGUUGGGUGCUGCAUGUCAUAGACUGCUCUAGGCUUUCUUUAGCAGUUAAGACUGCCUAAAUUAAUUUAUUAUUUUUUAAUUUGCAUUACUUAUUUUUACACUUAUUUAGCUAGAAAGCACCUUGAUUCCUGUUAUAUCUAGUUUAAUGUAAAAAAUGUAGGAAGCAGAAAAAAUUGACCAGUAAAUAUUAAUUAUAUGCAGCUAAUUAGGGCCUUAAACUCAUAUCUAAACAAGUCAGUAAUUUCUCCAAGCUUUUAUAACAUAGGAUGGUAUAGUAAUAUAUUCCCUUUUUCAAAGUAAUGCCAGUUUGUUGCAGCUGUACACAAAUGACAUAUUCUAAUUUGUAGUACACCAGAUAUUCUUAGUUUAUUUCUCAACAAACUCUUUGAGAGACAAAUCAAACUGUUUUUUGGUUGUGGUAUGGAUUGCUAUUUUAUCAAACCAGAUGGUUCCAAUUAUUCUAUUGUAAACCAGAAGUUAGACAGUUUUUGCUGUGUCCUACAUGAUUACAGUGAUUACAAUGGCGAGUUUGUAUUUUGUGCCUGUAGGUACCAUCAAGGAAAAAAACUGGGCAUUUUGUUGCAUUUUUGCUUUUUGUUCCAUCUGCUAAAAAAAUGUGACAAUAGUGAUUCUUUUAAUUAUUUACACUUAGAAUUAAAAUUCUGCCUUGACUGUAUAUUUUUUGGUUUUUUCUUUUUUUUUUUUUUAAGUUAUUACUAUCAUGCUGAUAUGUCUCUUGAAGAAAUACACAUGAAGUUGCCCAGAGAGGGGGGUUUUAUGUGUUUGUUUGGGGGUUUUGGAGGGUUUUGUUUUGUUUUGUUUUUGAGGUGUUUUUCAGUGGGGUUUUUCUUUUUGGUAAGCAUUUUUGUUGUAAAAUAAAUAUACAACACUAUGUAUACAAAUGCAUCCUGUUUCAGGAAACAGCUUAAGGGCUUGGUAUUGAAAGUGGGCUGUGUUCAGUAUUUGCAGAUGCUUGACCUGGCUAAGUUCCAGGGUAGCUAAUAUCUUCCACUUUUCAAGGAAUUUUGAUUAGUUGAAAAGUCCAUAUUGACAAAGUUGCUUGCUCAAUGCAGACCUCAGUUUUUGUGUAUAGGUAACACUUGCACAGAAGAGGCAUGCUACCAGCAGAUCAAAGGAGUGAGUGCUAGAGCCAUGGGAAAAUACUUUUUUUGUCUAUUGCUUGGAACUAAACAUACAUGAACUAGAAAAAUGUGUUUUGAAGUGUCUCCAUUUGGUUUAGGAUUAUAUUCUGACAUAAUUCUGUGAAUUAAUAGUGUGGUUUAGCAUCUAAUUUUAGACUGUUCAAAAGGAAUGAAGACACAUUGUAGGACUUCCUAAAGCUUGUUACAUUUGGUAGGAAGAAAGCUUUAAAAAGUGUGAAAUUUGAUUGAUCGUGAACCCUGCUGUGCUAUACAGUGAUUCAAAUAAAUUUAUUCAUUUAUUUGUUUGCUUCUCUUGCAAAUUUGUAUUUUGGAACAGGCCCCAGUUUGUUAAUUUUGUCACCUUUGGCAUUUAAAUCCACUUAUCCUACACGUUUUUGUGGUUGUUAAUCAGCUAAAGCUUGGUGCAAAAUGCAAGAUCGUUACCAGCUAGAGACCAAAAUAAUCCUGCUAAUUACAAGGCAAAAUAAAAGAUAAAUCCUUCAGUGAAAUUGUAAAGCAUUUAACAGUGUGUGAUUAGGGAAUUCCUCAUCUCUUUUGUCCUGUCUUUCCCCUUGUACCAGUAAAAUGCUAGUAAUAAAUGAUCUUUGGACCACCAGUGCAA